UGUCUCUUCUCAGCUCAGCUGUCUCACAGUUUCAUCAGACACCCACCGAGAGGAGCGUCGCUUUGACUUGUUACGGAAUGCCUUUAGGGGGAGGAAAUAAGUGUGGCUGCUGCCAGAAACCUGUCUACUUUGCUGAGGAAGUGCAGUGUGAGGGAAAGAGCUGGCAUAAAUCCUGUUUUCUGUGCAUGGUGUGUAAGAAAAACUUGGACAGCACAACUGUGGCUGUUCAUGUGGAUGAGAUCUACUGCAAAUCGUGCUAUGGCAAGAAAUAUGGGCCAAAAGGCUAUGGCUACGGAGGUGGAGCUGGCACGCUGAGUAUGGAUACGGGAGAGGGUCUUGGAAUCAAGCCUGAAGUACAAGCUCCUCAUCGCCCUACAAAUAACCCCAACUCCUCCAAGUUUGCCCAGAAAGCAGGAGGCUCAGACGUGUGUCCACGCUGUGGGAAAACAGUGUAUGCAGCAGAGAAGGUUGUUGGGGGAGGCAAUUCAUGGCAUAAGAGCUGUUUUCGCUGUGCCAAAUGUGGAAAAGGACUGGAGUCCACAACCCUUGCUGAUAGAGAUGGGGAGAUCUACUGUAAAGGUUGCUAUGCAAAGAACUUUGGUCCAAAGGGUUUUGGCUUUGGUCAGGGUGCAGGCGCUCUUGCUCAUUCCCAGUGAAGCCUGAAGCCUUAGCUCACCUGGGACUGUCAUCUGGUGGGCUCUGAUAUCACAGCUUCUGGGAUCUCUCAGUCAACAUGUAGCUUAUUUCACUCUGCCCUUUCACUUUAGCUACAGGCAAUGAAAAAUGAAAGAAGCACACAUCAGCAGCUCUUUGAAAAUAAUCACCAAGCAGAGUCCGCUCCUUACUUGAUGUUGCAUUAGACUCCAGUGUCCAAGUCCAACCCCAAGUCCAAAAAAGUUGGGAUGUGUAUGGGUUAUAAAUAAAGAUGGACAGAAGUGAUUUGCAAAUCUCAUAAAUCUAUAUUUUAUUCACAAUGGAACACAGAAAAGGCAUUACAUACUUAAAAUGAGGUAUUUUACUUUUUCAUUAACAUUUUAGGUCAUUUUGAAUUUGCUGGCAGCAGCAUCUUUCAAAUAAUUUGGGAUGACGACAGCAAAAGUGCAAACGUAAUACUAAAAAACACAAAGCAGUAGGAACAGAGAUUCAACAAUCUGGAAAACACUCCACAAAUUGAUGAUCAGUAUUCUGAAAUUUUACCAGAAAGUAAUAUACCAUCAUCAAAAGAUUUAGAGAAUCUGAAGAAAUCUGUGUCCAAGGGACAAAAAUGAAAAUCAGUAGUGGAAUCAUGUGAUCAUCAGUAAACUCAGCGGGACGACAUUAAAAACAUAACGGUCAUGGAUAUCACCUGCAUGUGCUCAGGAACACCUCUAGAAACCAUCGUCUCUCAACAGUUCACUGUGUCAUCCACACAUGCAGGUUAAACCUCUAUUAUCCAAAGAAGUGCCAGAUGUGAAUACCAUCUAGAAGCACCACUGUCACAAUUAGAAUUUCCCAAUUCUGGGACUAAUAAAAGCCAUCUUAACUUGUGCCAAAACUCCUUUAAAAAUCAAAUUAGUUAUUUAUUUGGUCAAAUGAUUAAAAGUUUAAAAAUUAUUUUUUGGGAAAUAUGCGCACUGCAUCCUGUGGACUAAAUAAUGGACCAUUUGACUUGUUAUUAGUGCUCCAUUUUAAAGCCUGCACAUCAUUAGCGGUGAAAUUGGCUUCUUGCACAUCUGGAAAGACACCAUCGAUGCUGGAAGACAAAUACAGAGUUUACAGAAACAAUUUCCAGACUUGUAUGGACCGUUAAAGGAAGACGAGUUGGUACACAGUGGUAAACACGGCCGUGUCACAACUUGCUUGGGACAAGGCUGUAACAUGUUUUUGCUGUCAAAUUCAAAAUGACCAUAUUUUAUUUUAAAAAAUUGUACAUUUUCUCAAUUUACACAUUUGUUAUGCUUUUUAUAUUCUGUUGUGAAUAAAAUGUGAGUUUGAGAUUUGCAAAUCAUUGCAUUCUAUUUACCUGAUUACAUUUGCUACAUUGACACAAGUGUAGCAAACACAUCUACAAAUGUUACACUGACAUCUAAUUCUACUUUACUAGAAACACAAAGUGUGCACUCACUGAGUAGUUAACAAUUUGGCUUAAACAGCACUAGAACGUGUACACAAAAGCAACCUGGCUUAUCGAGUGCUAAAUUUAAAUAACAUCUAAAAACAAUAGACAACAAGAACAAAAGAAGAAAUACACUUAUACACUGACAACUGUGAGAAAACAGUCUUAAAUCAUGCCUCAGUUACAUUGGUGCUGAAGCUUUUCUUACUGCCGAAUGUUAUAAAUAAUAUCUUAAGAAAUGCAUUUUUUUGCUUUAACACAAAAUAAAUGUAAUGGCAAAAACAAACAGUAAGUUUGAAAGUUUUCCUUACUUGUCGUAGUGCAAAGUUUUUCAUUGUUGUUUUUUUAUCUGCUACUCAGAUCUGAUUAAAUCAGCAUGCAUGUUUAUGUGA